CUCUGACAGUCGGGGCUUGUCUCAUCACAACAUCAUCAGGGCGUUUCAGCCAGUGUUCACACACACACAGUAGCAGCCCCCUUAUCUUGGAAUUGGCCCACCCUGAAUGGGACAACAGUUCCUUGCCAUAAAGACGACAUGAAAUGUUGAUCUGGUAAAAAUGAAUAAACCCAAAAUGGCCACGGAGAAAGGUGUUCCCAGUAACUCCAGGGUACUGAUGCUCCUGGGCCAACUGGAGAGGAUGAGUGGAGAGGCCAUGGUGAAGGAUGUCGAAACAGCACGGCAGGUCACUGCAAAGAUACUUCAUCUCAUACAGACGCAGGAGAAGAGCGGAAAAGAGGUGAUGUCCAAAGGCUCCAGUGGCAUGGAGGUCAUCCUGGCUUCACUGGAGAACACCCGGGAUGUCCAGACCACCCUGAACAUCCUGUACAUUCUCAGUGAGCUGCUGACUGUCGGCAGAGGGCGCAGGGUGGGAGUAUUUGUGUCUAAAGGAGGAACAGGAAUAUUAUUCCAGAUUUUGAUCACUGCCAGUAAAGAGUUGCCUCCCAGUGAGGAACUCAUGCUGCAGCUUCACUCACUACUGGCCAAGGUUGGCCCGAAAGACAGAAAGUUUGGAGUGAAGGCACGCUUGAGUGGAGCUCUGAACGUCACUGUCAACUUAAUGAAACAGAACCUACAGAAUACCAAACUGCUUCUGCCCUGUCUGCAGGUUCUCAGGGUUUACUCUACCAACUCGGUGAAUGCUAUUUCUUUGGGCAAGAAUGGAGUGGUGGAGGUCAUGUUCAAGAUUGUUGCGCCAUACAGCAAGAAGAACACCAGCCUGCUCAAGGUAGCUCUGGACGCACUAGCAGCACUGCUCAAAUCCAAAACGAAUGCUCGCCGCGCAGUGGACGGCAGACAUGUGCCGGUCCUGCUUGCUCUGUACCUGGAUUGGCAUCGCAAUGACACACGGCAUCGCCAUAUGCUGAUUCGCAAAGGGUUGCUGGUCUGCCUCAGGAACAUUACCAACAUCAAACUUGGCAGGAAGGCGUUCAUAGAGGCUGAUGGCAUGAGGAUCCUCUACAACUCCUCCACUGAGUGUCUCCCCGUGCGGACUCUGGAUCCUCUGGUCAACACUUCAAGUCUCAUCAUGAGGAAGUGUUUUCCUAAGAACCGUCUGCCUCUGCCCACCAUCAAGUCAGCCUUCCACUACCAGCUGCCGCACAUACCUGCUGCAGGACCUGUGGCUCAGCUGUACAGCCAACCCGCUGAGGUGGAUGAUGUAGUGGAUGAAAGUGAUGAUAAUGAUGAGACAGAGGCAGACACUGAGAACGAUACUGAGAAUGAAGAGGACGAGAAGGAUCAUCGCACUGCGAAUGAUGACAUAGAGACUGACCUAAACAAGCUGCAUCCCAAAAAGAGCCCCAGUCGUCCAUUCGAGGAGUUGAGAGUGUAUGAGAGAUUCUUCCUGGAGCUAUCUGAAGACUUUCAGGGGUAUAACUUUGAAUGCUCAAAGAGUGCCUCUACCACCUCUUCAUCAUCAUCCUUCUUCUCAUCAUCAGCCUCAAGUCGAUCCACUCGGCCAAUCAUAGUGCCCACAGCUCAAGCCCUGUCCCCUAAACAUGUCCCUAUACCGAGUUCUCAGGAGGUUUUCAACCCUACCAAAGAACAACACACUCAGCCGUCUCCCUCUGCUCCCAAUCCCUCUCCCCCUGCUCCUCUGACGAGUCUCGAGCUGGACACCAUCCACCUCACCAAGGACCAAGACAAAAAAGAGGAGGCCCACAUUCCUUCCCCAGAUGGACAUGCGACCUUGUCCUCCCUCACCAGGCCUCCUUCUCAAGGGCAGAGGAUAGAACAGGAACUAGCACACGUGUUGGAAUGUGUCUCCCUAGAAGAGGAGGGGUCUCUGAAUGCAGAGGAGGGAUUACGGGGAGUCAAACAGGAAGGCUCUCCAGUCAAUGCCACAAGACACAUACAGUCUCCUCUGCUCUUGGGAGGUAUUGCGACACGUCGCAUGGGAGGAGGAGGAGGAGGAGGAGGAGGAGGAGGAGGAGGCGGCGGCGGCGGCGGCGGCAGUAACUGGGGUUCAGACUGUGGCUCAGAGGGUGCUGAUGACGAAGGUGGGGAAGGAGCAGUUCUGGAGGUGCCAGACACAGCGCUGCUCCUCUCACUGCAUGACCCUGAUCUGUACGUGGAGAUGGUGAAGGGAACACACUCUGUACCCCAGUAUGCUGAAGUGGCUUACCCAGACUACUUUGGCCAUGUAGCCCCAACAUUUAGGGAACCACUUCUGGAGAGAGUUUAUGGUGUACAGAGGUCUAAGAUAUUCCAGGACAUUGAAAGGUUGAUUCAUCCUAAUGAUAUCCUGGAUAAAGUUGUUUAUGACCUUGACAUUCCCAGUUGUCCUGUGAUUGAAGACGAUGGCGAAUCACUGAAGUUUAACUCACAGUUUGAGUCUGGCAACCUCAGGAAGGCAGUUCAAGUUAGGAAAUACGAGUAUGACCUUGUGCUGAAUUCAGACAUCAACAGUAAUCACUACCACCAGUGGUUCUACUUUGAAGUGAGCGGCAUGCGCGUUGGCACCACCUACCGUUUCAACAUCAUCAACUGUGAGAAGUCAAACAGCCAGUUUAACUACGGCAUGCAGGUGCUGAUGUACUCUGUGCAGGAGGCGAUCAGUGGCAGACCUCGCUGGGUCAGAACGGGAGCAGACAUCUGCUACUACAAGAAUCAUUUUGCGAGGAGCUCCAUUGCAGCUGGAGGUCAGAAAGGAAAGUCCUAUUAUACACUGACCUUCAGCACAAGCUUUAGCCAUAAGGAUGAUGUCUGCUACUUUGCCUAUCAUUACCCUUAUACAUACUCCACUCUUAAGAUGCACCUGUCCAAACUGGAGGAUUUGAGGACCCCUCAGAUCUAUCUGAGGCAGGAUGUCUUAUGCGAAACCCUGGGGGGAAAUAGCUGCCCUCUCCUAACCAUCACUGCCAUGCCGGAGUCAAACUCCAAUGAUCACAUCUGUCAAUUUAGGAAUCGUCCAUUGAUCUUCCUGUCGGCCAGAGUGCACCCUGGAGAGACCAAUGCGAGCUGGGUAAUGAAGGGCACGCUGGAGUUCCUGAUGGGCACCAGCCCGCUGGCAGCCAGCCUGAGAGAGGCCUACAUCUUCAAGAUAGUCCCCAUGCUCAACCCUGAUGGAGUUGUAAAUGGAAAUCAUCGUUGUUCUCUGAGUGGAGAGGAUUUGAAUCGCCAGUGGCAGAACCCCAAUCCUGAGCUCCACCCUACCAUCUACCACACUAAGAGCCUGCUGCAGUACCUUGCACACAUACAAAGGGCACCACUGGUUUUCUGCGACUACCACGGUCAUUCCAGGAAGAAGAAUGUGUUUAUGUACGGAUGUAGCGUGAAGGAGACAGUCUGGCAGUCCAAUAUCAGUGCUACAUCUAGCGACCUACAGGAGGACCUUGGAUACAGGGCACUUCCAAAGAUCCUCUCUCAGAUCGCCCCGGCCUUCAGCAUGGGGAGCUGCAGUUUUGUGGUGGAGCGCUCGAAAGAGUCGACCGCCCGCGUUGUUGUAUGGAGAGAGAUAGGAGUACAACGCAGCUACACCAUGGAGAGCACACUCUGUGGUUGUGACCAGGGCAAAUACAAGGGUCUUCAGAUUGGCACCAGAGAGCUGGAGGAGAUGGGAGCUCAGUUCUGUGUGGCCCUGCUGAGGCUGAAGAGGCUGACAGGACUCCGCAAUCACCAACACUUGCUGGAUUUGGAGAGCGACAUCAUUGGGACGCAGUCUAAAGUGGUCAGCUGCUCCACUACCUAUGUGAUGGAAGAGGACGAGCCCUCCUUUCUGGAGGCGAUAGACUACAGCGCAGAGAGCAACGAUGAGGACGUCGAGCAUGAGAACGAGCUCGGCGUCGAAGUCCACAAGAAUCCCGAUCACCUCGAUCAGCUGUCGGACUCUGAGACGAAUCACAGGGACUAACGCUGAGGCAUCCAUCUCCUCUACUACACCUGGCAGUUUGAGCUUAUAACCAGCCAGUGCUUGGAUUGUUAGCUGAUCUCAAAUACACACAAAAAAAAUCACUGGUUCAAUAUUCAGAACCCUCACUUCUCACUUUGAUCGGUGAAUAGAUAGCUUAGAUUUACACUUGGCCCUAUUGUGUACACACCUAAUGAUAGUAUGUAGGCUACACUGGCACCAUUCAGGUGCUGUUUUCGCAGAUGGAUUGAUUUUGUUGGCCCGCUGGAGGCGACCGUGUUGCUCCUAAAGGUGCUGUUUGCCUUCCCCUUCAGACAGGGUGAUAUAAGCCCUCAGUAAGAAUUAGGAUGGAUUUCAAUGAAUGUUCUCACCUUUCCCGUCAUACUAUAACCUUCAUGAACUGUAACCCCUGACCUCAGACACCAUAUAGCCUCUGAGAUUCACAUAUAGCUAGCCAGAGCAGCAGACAGCAGGCACCGCUGAUCCUUAACUUGAACCCUUGUCCACUCGCUCAUUUUUCACAGCCGAUCUUACAGUGAAGCUGUGGUAGUGUAACAGAGCCAGUGGCUUCUGUAGGUACUGUUUUGGAACUCUCUGUGACACUGUGUUUGAUUAAAACACACUUGAUGAUUGCGGGAAACUGGAUCUCCCACACCGACCAGCUUAGAGAUCCAACCAACCUGCCUUCUUACCCACUUCCCUUCUUUUCUUCAGCCUCAUCCUGCACUUUAACUUUUUACUCCUUUUGUUGGUUUGGGCUUUCCCUUUGUCCUUCCUUCCUUCAACCCUUGCUUACUUCCUGACAAGCCAAGGUACUGGUGUCUUAAUGGCAUGCAGGGAUAACCAAACAGCUCUCUGUGUUAGUUUAGCUGCUGGUCAACACGUUGAUCAGUAAGUAACCCAUGUAGAAAAGCCUACUCAGAUGUGACUUCACUCGAGUUAUGACCUCACUCCCUUUCCUCCAUAACCCAUCCCUCUUUGGUCACAGCCUGCUUGGUCCGACAACCCAGGUGCUGUUUGCCUUGCUUUAUCCAAAACCGAAACUAUUUAUAUCACUCAAAGGUAGAAUGUUCACGUCUUUAUUAAGACAAACCUUGUACAGUCUAUGAAAUGCAGAUAUAAACACACACCACAAAGUAACUAACACAGGUUUGGUUUGAGUUUCUUGGUCAUGCACAGCAGUAAAAUAUAAAGACGGAAUGUAAAAUAUCCACAUGCACUGUUUUCAUGAUUUUUAAUAUAGACAGUAUUAUAAUGUCAGACAAAGCAGUGAUGAACAAGACGCAUGAGCUGCAGAGAGCAGAAGACCCUUUUGCACUUUGGAUAAACACUAUACAUACCAAACAAAGGCAGAAACAAACUACUCAGAAAAAUAUCACCUAACAACGUCACAGUUUGCAAACCUCAACUUCAGUCUCCUCAUUAGUUUUUUAAGUUCUCAGAGCCCAGCCUAAAGCUGAUGGUUACGUUGCUGUGAUGUUUUAAGAAUUAUACUGGAAUUUUCUUUUCUUGGUGUCCUUUCCUCCAGUCUGUGUGGACAUUUUGCAAAUUUGCAUAGGAGAGACCCAUGCAUAAAAACAGAUGGUGCUUUGUAUUGAGAGUAUAAAGUAGUUUCUUUUCUUUUCCUUUUUCUUUUUUUUCCUCUUUUCCUGAUCAUGGAGAUGAUGUUGCGUUUCUGUUAUAAUUGUACAGCUAGUGCAUGGCUAGUUUCUGUUGUUUUUAUUUUAUAAUUUAUUAAGCGUUGUUUCUGGGAUGCAACCUGUAUGUAUAUGAGGCAUUUUGAGUGCAUGUGUAACUGUGUGUGUGUGUAAGAGUUUAAGUUAUUCCAUUAUUCAGCUCAGCUAAUGCUCUUACAGUGUGUUUCUUCUUUCAAUUUGAUUAUCCCUCUCAUUCUCCUUCACUCUCUCCAAUCAUCUUCUCUCUCUCUUCUUCCCUCUAAACCUCUUUCAUUCCUCUUUUUCUGUCUUUCUCUCGACGCUGCCUCCUCUUCAGAUUUUACUACAACAAACCCAGGGAGAUCAUAGCUCUGGGUGUGUGUGUGUGUGUGUGUGUGUGUAAAGGAUAUAUGAUGUGUAAUGUAUGUGAAACAUAUCCUUGUUUGUUUGUUUAUGUCGUCACAGUGCUGGGCUACUUUAGUUUUAUAUUUCUUUGGAGGUACACAAGCGGAAAUAGCAACUCAUUUUAAGUUGAUUGUAACGCAGAAAAUUAAAGCUAAGAGUAAGGACAUGGGAAAUAAAAUGUGAAUGUGGUAAA